UUGUCAUAACUCAACCGCCCUCCCAAUCACCCCCACCGCCCCCUCCUCCCCAGGAACCCUCCUCGCCCACUAUUUCUGACCAUAGUUUGGACUUAUCACCUUCUCCCGACGAGCUUUUACAUCGGUACGCUUGUGUUCUCCCUGACGUUUAUUCACUAAGUUCGUCCUCAGGCCCCGAGGCACAAAAUCCAACCCCUGACUUCAAUAUGGGAGAUUCGACCUUGAUGCCAGAACAUUUCACUGGUAGAGACACGACCCAUGCUGCUGAAUGGCUUGACCGUUUUCUUCAUUUUGGAAACUUUAAAAAGUGGACUGACGCACAGAAAGUAGAAGUUUUCCCACUAUUUUUGAAGGACUCGGCGUAUCUCUGGUAUAAAGAUCUUAUACCAUCGCUAGGGGAAGAAAUCAUCAUUUUCGAUGAGGUAGAGAGAUUAUUCAGGGACAAGUACGUCCACCCAACUGACCGGUGGGCCCUUCUAGAAUUUUUCGUGAGUCGUAGGUUAUCCCCAACUGAGCCUAUAGACACGUAUUUAGCGGAUUUGACCCAAACAGCUAGCCUAUUAGGUAAGACUGACAUGGACUUGAUGGAUGCAUUUGUUCGGGGACUGGAUGACGGUACGAGGCAACACGUGCUAAUGAAACAGCCGACGGCUCUGAACGAAGCUGUUUCGUUUGCACGUUUGGCUCGAUCCAUAAUCCCUCAAAUUGCAGAAAAUACAGGUGUCAAGUUGGCAAUCGAUACUCUGAGAGACCAGAUUGCUACACUCGCGGCAAAGCUCGCACCAUCGUCGUCCCAGGUUAAUACCUUCCAGUCACGACAGAAUCGAUAUUCCCAACCCCCCAGACAGUCCUCUAGGUAUACAACUCGGCCGUGGCAGCCUCCCCGACAGCAGUUCCAGCCACUCUCGUAUCCGGACGGACCACACCAGCAGAGAAGCCAGCCCCCUCCUCAACGCACACAGUACAACACGGGACGGACCAUGGCUCGGGCACGCCCCUGUUACAGAUGCGGUGUGUUGUAGAUGAUGGCCGUACCCCAUUCUAAAGGGCGGAGAGUCAAGCACCCCCGCUGUCGUCUGGUCCACGCCAAAUCCUUGUUCUGGCUCCUUACUACACGCUUGCUGUCGAGGUUACACGCUGUCCUAUGACCUCUGCUGCUAAACACAGACCGCUAGCCACAGAGAGUUAUCUAUAUCUGUCAGCACCCCGACGUCUACAUCUACAGGUGCUCAUGACGACCGCAUAUACACUGUAACUCUGUCGGCAUACAACAACUUUAGAGAGCGACCAGUCAACACUCAAGCAGUGUUAAGAAAAGUCGACCUCUCGCUUUGCCACUCCAGCCGAGGACCUGACUGUGUGCAUAGACCGCGUGUUUUCAAGGAUUCAAGAACGUUGGACAGCGUAUCGCCAAUUGACUUUUCGAAACAAAAAAGGAGCCAGUGAAUUCGAUUUGGACCAGCGACAAAUGAACUUUCGUGAAUGGUGGUGCCUUAUCGUGGCCAUGUGCAGUGACAUUUGACUUUUAUGCAUCCCUAUUAAUUAAUUCUACAUGGUAUUUGAAUAAUAUUUCAUGGUGUUUAUGCUUUGUGGUUAUACGAAAUAACACAGGAUCAUUAACUUAUUCUUUGCCAGGUAAAUACAUUUUUAACUGUAAAAGUAUUCGUUGUUUUCGAAAUUGUUAUAACAUUUGAAAAUUGAUUACAAUUUUAUAUAUAUAAUGAUCGAUCCUGUUUUACUUCCAUUAUGUUUAUUGUGAUUGUAUUUUAUAUCUCAGACCGGAACUCGUGCUUAGAUCGUCCGAGCUGUGGGCAGCUCUUGUCCACAGGCGGAGGAUGUUAUAAGGUUAAAAAUGCAUCUCAGAAACGAAUGAUGAUAAAUAGAACCCAUUAGAUAUAGUUCGUGACAGAACUUGUAAUUGGAAAGGAAUCAAUAGAGAAAGACAUUUCACAUUUAUCAUUGGAUUGGUCUCUGGCUAUUAUCUAUGAGUUAAUGAAACAAAUGGGGAAUUACAAGGUAUAAUCCAUUUGGAGCUUCGGAGCGAGUCACGAAAUCAAUAGAGAGAUGAGCAAUCUGGCACAUAGGUUUUUGGUAUUUUUCCGAUGGUGACACACAUGAGUUCAUGGUCAGAUAUAAACUUGUAACGAAUCAAAUGGAGAUAUUGAGAUAUGUGACAAGGACAGGUCAGGCUCGAACAGUAUAAAAUGAUACCCUCAACAUUAGGAGAGUGGUGCGCGGUUUACAGUAGAUCGAGUCGAAUCCCGAUCGUUCUAAGUUUCCACCAGCUAGUGACGAGC